AAUAGAGGUUUGUACUGUCAGAUUGAGAAGAAAGGGUGAGGUGGAGAGUGGAAAGCUCUCCCCAUCCAUGAUAGCUGCUGCAGCCGUCUAUGCUGCCCAUUGUACUCUCAACAAGAUGCCUUUCUGGACUGACACUUUGAAGCACCAUACUGGUUACUCUGAAGAACAGCUAAGGGAAUGUGCCAAGGUUUUAGUUGGCUUUCACUUGAAGGCUGGAGAAAGUGAUCUUAAAGCUCUUCUCAAGAAAUACACAAAACCAGAAUAUGGUGCUGUUGCUCGUUGCAGUCCAGCUAAAAUUUGUUAGUCGUCUUCAUGAAGAUGUCCUUUUGAGUAUUGGUUUA